AUGCCAGUUCGACUCACCGACAUGCUAUCAAAAUUCAAUGGAAUCGAUCGAUGGCCACUGAUGAGCGUUCAAUUCUGGGGGGAGCCGUGUGCUGGGGAAUGGAAAGUCAUAAUCGAUAACUUGGAGGGUAUCGAUGGGUUCCUUCAAUGGCGAACUAUCAAAGAAGACUUUUUUCAGAAAUCCAAGGGUCAUUGGGAUUCAGUCUAUAUGAUCGCUUAUGGCACUGAAACUUUUCCCAUUCGUCUGAGAUCUCCCAAUAAGGAAAAGCCUCCACCUUCUGCUUGGUUCGAACGGUUCGCCCAAUAUGUGGUAUCUGAUCUUUCUCUUCCUCCCGCGGGAUAUUCGUGUCACAGUCAAUGCGCCAUGAAUGACUGCUGGGGACCUUCAGCAAGUCAAUGCGUCAAGAGUUGCAAGAAUUUCGUCACUGAGAGCGGCCAAUGUGUUGCAGCCUGCCCUUCGGGCACAACAGCCUUAAUCAGCUCAAUACGGGCUGUAAUCGGUGCCGAAAUCUCACCUAACUACGUGAAGGAGGCGUUGCGUUGUGAAAUGUGCUCACUCACCUGUGCAGAGUGUCUACGUCCGGGUUCUGAAUACGACUGUACAUCAUGCUCGGGAGAUACGUAUCUAGCACCAUUCCUUAGUCCCAAUAAACCAACGUCCUUCACAAACCCUUCUAUUGCUCGACUGAUCGCAUCGGCUGCGGCGGUGCGCGGAACAAAGGUGCUAGUUGGCUCCUGUGUUCCCCGAUGUCCCAGUCGAUACUAUGCCAACGAGACAAGCAGGAUAUGCGAACAAUGCACGCCGAACUGUGAGGAGUGCUCUGGACCGGGUGAUGCUUCCUGUUUGAAAUGCGUCGAAAAUUUCCGUUUCAUGGAUGGCAAGUGCACUUUUUCUACUGGAGCAAAUCGAUGUCCCAAGGGUAGCUUCCUACGCGACGAUGCUUGCUAUCCAUGUGACGAAGGCUGUGAUAUCGAUUCUUGUUCUGAGUACGGACUUUGUACAUACUGUGAUGAAGAAAACCGAUACAUGAUUGAUGGCCAUUGUAAGAAGUCCUGUCCUUUCGGUUUCUACCCGGCCUUCCGAUUGACAAAAGACGGUCUCUACCACUCGUCUGACAAGGGUGGAAGUGUCUGGGUUUGUGCACCAUGCCCGCCGGGUUGUGCAAAUUGCACCGCGUCGUCUGAGCAAGCUCAAGGUUUUGCAGUACCUCGCUGUGAUACAUGCCAUGAUGAUCUCAUUCUCCAUUCCGACUCGGGGCUCUGCACUUCUCCCUGUCCGAUUGGAACUCUCGGUCCGAACUGCUCAUGGACCUGUCAUCAUUCCUGUUUAACAUGUGCGGAGGAUUCAGACUCCUGUCUUCAAUGUCCUGCUGCCACUUAUUUAGCUUUUGGGGAACGUGAGAUCAACCACAUGAUGCCCUAUGCAAGUACAAAUAUUAGCGGUUAUGGCUGUGUAAAUGUCUGCCCUGUUACUUCCUACCCUCUUCAAAUAGGCGAAUAUGAAAUAUGCAUUCCCUGUCCUCCACUUUGCAAAUCCUGUUCUGGCCCUGGCAGAUGCACCUCAUGCAAUGAAGGCUACACAUUGAGCAAAACCGAUGGAAAGUGUGAGGCCGAGCACUCCUGUCCUCUGAUGACAUAUUUUGACGAAAACGAUAAACGAUGCAUGCCGUGCCAUUCUUCAUGCGCACGAUGCCGAGGUCCCAAUCCCACUGACUGUCUCGAAUGUCAUCGAAUAGUUGACAGCAAUUUAAAACCCUCCCCAGCAUGCCUAUCAAUACCUCAAUUCCCUAGAUUUAUGCAAUCCAAUGAAGCAUUCGAAUUUGAUACAUUCUCAGGACCUUGCAUACCAUGCUGUCAUGCCGGUCGACUUUUGGAAGUUGAACCACCUAAAGACUGCUUCUUCUGCCUUCCUAAUGAGCUCACUUGCACAUCAUGGUCAUUUGUUGGUGGAGGUGUCGAUCUUUAUGGAAAUUAUACGUACAAAUCGGACUUCACUAAGUUACCAAAUGAGUCAAUACCCAGUCUCUGGAACUGGCUGAAAUCGGAUCCCAUUCGUUUGAGCUUCUUCAUUACGGCUAUCAUAACGACUGUUAUCGCCAUGAUCUACCUCAUUUACUUUGUAAGUUUGCCUUUUAAACGAUUCCAGGGUUACUUCUUGGAGUUCUUAAUUCCAGCUGAUUCUCGACCUCUCAUUGCCUUUCAGUUGGCCGUGAAGUGCCCACGAAAGCAACACAUCCGCGACUAUCAUUCACUAUUUUUACGAAAUGGCGAAACCGGUUCACGUCUCUCCCAACGGUGUCCAGAAUCAGGUAGUUCGCCGGUCAUGUGUAUCCAAUCGCCUCCACCGAGUAGCAAUGGGACAACAAAUGGUCGGGUGCAAAGCCAAAGAUCUGAUAACCAGUCCACCAACCCCUCCUGUUAA